CAAUUACACAAAUAUGACAAAAGUUGUCGUCUCUGGUAAAUCAUAAGUUAUAUCGUUCUUUGAUGACAGUUAAUUAGGACUGGCUGUCAACGUUAGAUCCGACAAACGUCACUCGUGUUAUUUAUGCUCCAGUUUACACGCAGACAGUUCGAUGGUAAUGUGAGAAGCACAUUUUUAUUUUUUAGGAAGAGAAACGAAAUACAGAAGAUAAAUGGUCCAUUUCUAAAACGAUAAAGUUAACGAGUUGAUGCACAUUGAUCAUGACAUUGAUUUAUACAAACUAAGCGAAACUACGAUAUUCAAGGCUAACGGAACAGCUAUUACAGUACAAAGUAGCGAUUAGGAGCGAGAGGGAGAUCUUUUAAAUAUAUCUCCGAAUUGUACGCAAGCAAAACCGUCAUCUGGAACAGAUUGACCACGUCGACAAAGUUGCUUAGCACGUGUGUUUUCACGCUCCGACCUUCUGAAAUCCCAAUGCUCGUGAAAACAGAUCAGCUAAACAGAGAUGUAUACGCGUCUAUUGUAAAACAAUAAAUUUAUUAUAGGGUUGCAUCAUCGUUCGUUUGGCUCGCCAAAGAAAAUCUGUUUCUCUCUGCGUUUAGAUGUGAAAUGUUAAAAAUCGUUCCUCGUGCUUUCUCUAAUUUUCCACCGUUGCGUCCACGGUCUCGCUUUUACGGUUGCGUGCAUUACGUUGGAAAUAAAACUAGACACAGUAUGUUACAUAUAAAUUGUCUGAUAAUCGAAUCGCAAAGAAUUUGUCCGUACACAACCGUUGUUCUACAUUUCCCGAUCUACACUUAGUGAAAAUAAGCGAGGCGGAAGAUGAACGGGCAAAGCGAAUACUCAUCAUAUAAGGCACGGUUCUGGAAGGAGGUGUCAGUUGGAAAGUGCGAGCUCUCGUACGAAGAACGAGAAACGGAACGUUUCGGUCUGAGCGAUCGACAUGAAAUCGAAGCUGCGUUCUCUGUUCCUGCUCGCGCUCUUCUUUUCCGCGAACACGUCACUAGGAAAAGAGAAAUCACAAGACACACCGUGUAUCGACGAUAACAAGUUUUAUCGAAAUCCCAAUGCACCGGCGCAUAAUGUUUGGUCGCCUGCCGAAUGUGCCAAGUAUUAUCUUUGCUUAGAUAACGAAGUAUUUGAAUUCAGAUGCUCUCAGGGGUUGCUGUUCGAUGUUUCCAGACAAGUAUGUGAUUUCAAGGCGAACGUCGAUAACUGCGAUGUAAUGUCAGAGUCGCAACCACCGAGACCGCUCCUCGAGGACGGUGAUUGCGGAAAGAAACAUUUAGCUUGCGGUGAUGGUACGUGCUUCCCAGCUACGUACUUCUGCGACGGAAGUGUCGAUUGUCCAGAUGGUUCCGACGAAGCCUGGUGCGAUAUUCAAGAUGAUCCAAAUAGCGCGCUACCUUGUAAUCCGGAGCAAUGUCAGUUGCCGAAUUGUUGGUGCUCCAAGGACGGAACGCAAAUUCCUGGAAAUUUGACGACAUCGAUGGUACCGCAAAUGAUAACAGUUACAUUUGAUGAUGCCGUAAACGCGGAGAAUUUCGAGAUUUUCUCCAAAAUAUUUUCAAACGAUAGGAAAAAUCCCAAUGGAUGUCCUAUUCGAGGAACUUUCUACGUCAGUCACCAGUAUACUAAUUAUAGAGACGUACAAUAUUUAUGGAACGUUGGACACGAAAUCGCCGCGCACUCCGUCACGCAUCGAGGACCGGAAGAUUGGUGGUCGAGAAAUGCCACCAUCGAGGACUGGUUCGACGAAAUGGUCGGAGUGGCGAAUAUUAUUAAUAAAUAUGCUGCAGUUCGUUUAGAAGAUAUUAAAGGUUUGAGAACACCAUUUUUACGAGUUGGUUGGAAUCGACAGUUUUUAAUGAUGUCAGAGUUUGGAUUUGUCUACGACUCGUCCAUGUUAGCACCGUUUUCCAAUGUACCUGUAUGGCCUUACACAUUGGACUACAGACCUCCGCACAAUUGCGUAGGUCUCGAGCAAUUUUGCCCAACUCGUGCGUAUCCAGGUGUUUGGGAACUACCAAUAAAUCAACUUUUGGCAGGUCAAUACACUUGCGCAAGAAUGGAUUCGUGUCCUUCGGACUUGUCAGGUGAAGAUGUAUACAAAAUACUGAUGCUGAAUUUUAAAAAACAUUACCUUAGCAACCGUGCGCCUCUGGGUCUACAUUUUCAUGCAUCUUGGUUCCAAAAUCCGUCGUACUUUUACGCAUUUAGUAAAUUUAUGGACGACGUACUGCGAUUGAACGACGUCUACUUCAUAACAACUUAUCAGGUAAUCGAAUGGAUGCGCAAACCAACAUCUUUAAAUGCAAUUGAAACGUUUAAGCCGUGGCAAUGUAACUGGCGAAAAUUCCAGCCGUUCGAAAUCGCUUGCAAUUUACCGAAUAGUUGCAAAUUACCGAGUAGAGUUCUUAAAUCGUAUCGCUAUUUACAUACAUGUUUUGACUGUCCUAAAGAGUAUCCUUGGUUGAGGAAUGAAUUUGGAAUGGAAUAAUACCAACCGUUGUGUACAAAGCAACUAAAUUUUAUUACUAAAGACAAAUUACUAAAUUAUUUAUUUAAAAGAGCACACAUUUAUAUUUUUGUAUGAAAAUCAUGUUUAUUUGCUAUAUAUCUUGAUAUAGUUUACAGCAUGAAAUAAGUUAUAUUUGAUUACAUUAUAAAAAAUUCAUUGAAAUCAGAUUAUUCAAACAAUUUUUUGUCAAAAAUAAUAAUCAAAGAAAAAACGAUAGUUUUUAACCUUCUUGUUGUAUAAAAGGAUUUUGGAUAGAUUCCAUUCCAUCUACUGGACAAAUAAGUACAACGGAUGUACCCCUACAUACAACUAAACCUAACAUACGAGUAUCCUGAUUUAAUUUGUACGGAUCAUCGGGAUCUAAAGAAACAAACACAUCAAUAAAUAUCUAUAGUCAUAUAACGAAGCAAUAUAAUUAGUGAAAUCACCUCUCAGGUAUUCUGUGGUAUUAUCCAGUACCAAAUUGAGGAGAGGGUCAUAGCCUUUCAAAAUCCCUGCAGCUUCUCUUCCGCCGGCGAAUUUCACUCUAAUAUUUUUCUCUAAGUAUUUUGAAAGAUCAAGAAUACUUUCUUUCUUUUUUCUUUCUUUCGGUUCUCCGUGAGCAUUUUGUUGCUAUAAAGAACACAAAUAAAGUUGAACGGCAUGCAGGUUAUGUUAUUAAAAUAACGAAUCUUUACCUGUUUUGCCGCCUGUAAAAUAUCAACAUACCAUUCAUCAAUGGAUUUUUUAUUAACGAAAUUUUAAUAUCGAAAACGAUAUUUUUUAUACUUACAGACAUUGUUUGGCUUUUUUAUAAAUCGGCAAUGUUACACUACCGUACUAGCAUACGAGUACGACGCAUUUUAAACUAACGUUUAAGUUAGAGGUUAGAUCUCUUGUUUGGAUUUUUCAAAUAUCGAUUCUCGAUUUUUUCCCGCGCUUUACAAUCGUUCUAUGCGUAAACGCUUAAAUUAUUGAUUGUUAUCAUCCCAAAACUAAAGCGGAAGAUUUAGAUACUCCUUUUAGAGGGUAACAUAACGAAAUUGAGGAAAAUAUUGUUAAUAAAGUAUAAAGAUAUUUCAAACAUCUUUAUUGUUAUAACGUUAAUUGUUGUUCAAAUGGUAACAAUGGGAACGGUAACAGUUGCAACAAUUUCGUAAAAGCUUGGAUUUAUUUCGUAUCCGAUUUAUAAAAAAAUACAUGUUGAUACAGGGUGUGUGAGUGAAUGAGUAUGUAGUACUCAUCAGUUAAAGUGACCGUUUCUCAUUUACGUCUUUAAGAAUAAAGUUUAUGAUCGUAACAAAUGUUUAUUAAUUUCUAUGAUUAUGAAUGGGAUUCUCGUGACACGGCAGAUUUAUCGUUUCUUCCUAACUGUUCGGCGCUUAUAUCGAUCUCACUCAUCUCGUUACAUGCAUAUUAUUCUGCGUCUUUCGUUUCAUAUCUAUCAUUUCAAUUAAAAUUAUCAAUACUCUGCUAUCGUUGUGCUUGCGAUGACUUUCCUUUCAUAAGCUUUUUUUUUUAUCGUUCGGUAGAAUUGAUAUUGUACAUCGACUCGUGAAAAUUUGACUCUUCCGUGUUUCAUUCACACUUCAACUCGUACUAUUUUAACUCGUAUAUUGUCCUUAACUUCUCUCUGGCUGGCUGCUUUUGGAUGGACACUGUAUUACUGUAUACUGUAUACGAUUAAAACUUAUCGAUGCAAUAAAUAACUUCUUAACUUAUAUCUUACAUUUACAUAUUACCGUUUUUAGGCAGAAAUUAAAUUCGAUGUAUAAAAUACAUACUUCGACCAAGAUUUCAACGAGUAAGGCUUAAAUAUUUCUACAUAAGAUCUAUCAUUGUAACGUUUCAUGUAAUAUGUUCUUCGUGUUUUUGUAACUGUUCUGUAAGUUAAUUAUAUGCUAUUUCACAGAG